AUGGUCGGAGUUCGCUUCGCAGAUUCAGUCGAAAUGACGCAUAGCGAAGAAAAUGCUUUUGAGAAGACUGAGACAGAUGCCUUCAUCCAGGGAUCAAGAUCGUCCUUCGACUCGGACCUGGAUCCAGCUGCUCGACCACGGAACGCGCAAGCUAAGCGACGGCUCAUUCAAAGCUCGAUGAUACCGUGGAUUCUGACCUGCUUGUUUGCAUUGACGUCUUUUCUCUUGCUUCUUGAGCGCUACGGGAUACGAAAAUUUGGGACGUACGAGGACAAGCUGGCUACGGAUCUAUGGAGCUUAAGACGGGUUCCUCUCGUGGUGAAGCGCUUUGGCGGUAGCCCCAAGUUUGACGAUAACGGUACAAUGUGGAUGGACGAGAUUGAUCCCACGGCGAGGUGGCCGGAGAACUUAAGAUUCACAGGCACCUUAUCGGACGAGAUCGACGAGAACUGGAACGAUAUCGUGGAGGAUCGGUAUUUCUCCGUCUCCGAAGACGAGGCCAUUGCAGCUUGGGGAGAUAGGAGGCACGAAUACGUUGAUGAGGAACUAGGCGGAUAUACCGCAGGGCUGGACUUGUUCCAUACUCUACACUGCUUGAACAAAGUGCGGAAGGCGAUAUACCCAGAAUACUACAGCCCUGGGGUUCCUGUUGGAACGCAAAAAGCACAUCUCGAUCACUGCAUCGACGCGAUCCGGCAGCACAUCAUGUGCUAUGGGAGUACGACACCGAUCCCCACCAAAUGGAGGGACGGCGCACAGAGACAACACUUUGACUCGAAUCAGGAACAUGUGUGCCGCGACUUCUCAUAUCUGCAUAGGUACAUGAAGCGGCGGAGCUACGAUGGUGAUCUCUAUGUCGCUCGUGAUAAGUCACUGUUGGGCAUGGCAAAGGCAUGGGAACAUGAGUGGGAGGAAAACGACCUUCCUCACUGA